AUAAUCUUCAAUCCUUUUGCCUUCAUACAUAUAUCUAACCUGUAACAUUUCUGUAUUCACGCCAAAACGCAAAGUAAAUUUCACAAUGGGUUCCAGAAUAUCCAAGGCAGUGCGGCGGCCGCCCGCACAUGGGACUGCAUACGAGGCUGCAGCAACGUCACCGCGAGGCAACCAUCACGAAGGACCCUGCCAAGCCUUAUCUUUUCCAGAAAUCACGACGGCCGAGCCGCUCGUCGUAACCUCGCCUUUCGCGGCUUCCUUGUUCGAACAACCCACAGCGGCGACAUCUGAGGACGACAUCGAUGCCAUGGAUGCCCAGUCUGAUACAUCACAAGUUUCCUACCAGGCUGAUAUUGAUAUUGCGGCUCGUCUCCUCGAGACUCUUCGCCGAAAUGCUCCGCCGUCUGAGCCGUCAGGUCCUGGAGUCGAAUCCCACCAACCUCCUGCCACAGACGUUCCUUCAGACGCUCCUCAGCACGGCGACAACGUGGCUCUCAACCCCCCACUACCGCCUCCCCCAGAAGUAAUUCCUCCGGUAUUUCUUCCUCCACCCCCGCCACCUCCUCCUCCAGCCGAGGUCAAGAUCGUCUGUAUCAUCUGCUGCGACCAGUUCUCAAAGAACCAGGAGCAUUCCGCCGUUCUUCGCCCAUGCAAGUCCUGUGGAAGUGCAUAUUGCACAGCAUGUGUAAAAGACAUGUUCAUUAAGGCCUGUAAAGACAUAUCGCGCAUGCCACCAAAAUGCUGCAAUAUGAUCCAGCUUCACGUUGCUCUUCCCUUCCUUACAAAUGCCGAAGCUGCUACAUUUCGGGAGAAGUAUGAAGAAUGGAGCACUCCAGGCCCCGUCUAUUGCCCAGUGCCAACAUGCUCCGCCUUCAUCUCUCCACGACUUUUCAAUCAACCCAAUUCGUCACGGAAGGGUAAGCAGCGCGUAGAUUCUGUUAUCGGGACCCCGAAAUCUGCAAAUAUCCCUUGCCCUAAAUGCCAGACGGAAGUGUGUACGCAUUGCCGAGAACUUGCUCACGAAAGCCCUGGAUGCAAGAAACUUGGAUUUGGUAUGGUUGAUGAUGAAACCGUUGCUCUGUUAAUGAGCUGGGGCUACAAAAGAUGUCCUAAGUGUGGUAAUGGCGUGAGACGUAUGUGGGGUUGCAAUCAUAUACAGUGCCGAUGUGGAGGGCAGUGGUGUUGGAUAUGUCAGAAGGUGUGGGAUGAGUGUGGUGGGAACUGUUAUGAAGAUGAAGACGAGGACUUUGAUGAAGACGAGGACGAGGAAGUCAGCAUUCAACAAUCUCCAGACAAUGUUGCAGCUCCGCCCGUACCUGGAAGUACAGAAGAGCUUGCGGAACCAGCAACUGCAGCGGAAUCUACCACUCAACCCCCCGUAAUUUCCAUACCAACACCUGCCCAACCCAUCCGCCGUCCGCGAAACCUCGACAACAGACCAGCACACUACUGGCAGGAAAACUUUCACUUCGGUGAUGAGCCCAACGAAGAGCCUCCUGACCGGACCUGGCAGUGUCAUCACAAGUUCGACACCGCCAAAGUCAGUUUCGAAGAAUCCAUCCGCUCCGCGCCAACUGCCACGCGAAUGGAAUGCUCAAAAUGCUGGACCCACGUGCACCCUGAGAUGAAAGUGCCCCUCACCAAUAAACCGGUGCAAGCGAGGAUCGUUGCAGGAAUGUCGCGAGAGCGCAGUACUACGCGACGAGGGGGUAUGCAGCAUGGAAGAGGGCGUCUUGUCCGCGGCGAUGCGAAUCUGGGGAUGUCAGUAACAGCAUCGGCAUCGGUGUCCAACACAUCUCUUCCUCUUCCUCUUUCCCAAUCCUUCCCUGGAGCCACAACCACCCAUUUCCCCGAACCAAUGGAAGGAGUACAAUUCACAUCGACACCCACGUCCUCAACCCCUAUAAUCGAUAUCUACGGCCGACCGAUCUUCGCAUCAAACACCUCCACCUCUAUCUCCAACUCCAACUCUGUAAAUCAACACCCAAAUCGUCGUUACUCCUUCUCCACCCCACCCCAAUUCGACGGACCCCUAGAUCUCGCUCCACAAACACCCUUUAGCUUCGCGUACGAGUGUCAAUAUUGCGGAAUCCUAGUUUGCGAGCCAUGUAAGGAGGAAACGCUGGCUGCGAAGAAGGAGGAGGGAGAGGAGGAAGAGGAAGAGGAAGAGGAAGAGGGAGAGGAUGUAGAGGAUGAAGAAGAAGCGGAGUGGAUACGGGAGUGUGAGGGUGAGAGUGCUGGCCAAAGCGAGGACGAGGGCCAAGGCGAAGGCCAAAGAGAAGGUGAAGUCGCUGUUGCAGUGGAAGACGCUUAAAUCUAGAGGGAUAAGGACGGCAUGUACGGACGAACGAUUAAUGAUAUGCGACUAUGGAACGACUAGAGUUCGCAAACAAACGCGGGAAGGGUAGGUUAUGCGAAAGUCCAGGAUGUGGUGGCAUUGCAUUGAGUCUGGCCAGCUAGGAAGUAUGGCACGGCAUAGCAUGAAGUGAGCGGAUUGAGCGGAGCAUAGCGAGGCGUUUGGCGUUUAUUCACAUUUUCCAGUUCCAAUUCUAGUUUCUCAUGUUUUCCGAGGGGUUCUGUUAUAGGCGCGACUAAGGAGAAGACCUCUGGCAUCAAAGCGCGAGACGGUGAAGGGGAGAUCGAGGGAGACAGCUGCUGUGAUUUAG